AGGGUCCAGGUUGGGGAUCAGCUGGAGACGGUGUUUCUGCUCAGUGGAAACAACCCCGCCAUUCAUCUGUACAAGGAGAAUGAGGGUCUGCACCAGUUUGAGGAGCAGCCGGUGGAGAACCUUUUCCCUGAGCUCACAGAUCUGAGCAGCAGCGUUCUGUGGCUCCACGUGUCCAACAUCGCGGGCUCAGGCAGGAGACUCACGGCCUUCGGCUGCCAGAGCGGAUAUGUCCGGGUGGCCCACGUGGACCAGACCAGCAGAACUGUGCUGCAGACUUGGACGGUCCAGCAGGACGGCCCCAUCUCUCGAGUUGUGGUCUUCAGCCUCUCCGCCCCGGGCAGCACCCGGGGGGCAGCCAAGGAAUCGCCUGGCCUCGAGGCGCCUGCGCAGGACUACAGCGUCCUGGUGGCCAGCAUGAUGGAGCCAGCUGUGGUGUACCGGAACGUCUUGGCCCACGGCCUCCGCGAUCAGCUGCUGCUGCCGGGCAGUGACCAGUUUGACAGCGUCCUGUGCGGCCUCGUCACCGACGUGGACCUGGACGGGAAGCCCGAGAUCCUGCUGGGCACCUACGGCCAGGUGUGCGCCGCCCAGGCUCCGCCAUCUUCCCCCUAUUUCCCA